CGGAACCAUGGUCCACGCAGCCGUCAUGUUAGAGUCCACGCAGCACCUUGGACCAGGCUGAUUUCAUGGCUUCAGAGUGCCCAUUGCCUACUCCUUGGCACCACGGCCAUGUGUCGGUCUCCUGCCGGAUGCGGCCACUGCUUCCGGGGGAGGUGGCGAUUGGCACAGCUCGAGCACCGUGGGUGCUCAGCGACAGGUCCAUUACAUUGACAGAACGCAGCCUUACUCGGGUGGAUUCUGACUUCUCUGAUGCGAGCAAGUCGCUCAAAACUCGUGGUGAGCUUCGGAACUUGGAUCACCUGCGUAAGCCAGACGGUGAAACCAUCAUGGACCACGUCUUUGGCGAAGAAGCUUCAACGCAGCAAGUCUAUGAGCAGGCUUUCAGAAACAUCGUUUUUGGGGCUGCGGAGGGCAUGAACGGUGCUAUCCUGGCCUAUGGUCAGACUGCCAGUGGAAAGACGUUCUCCAUCAGCGGCUCCACCGCUCAAAAUGACGAGCUGAACAAGGGAAUGAUACAUUUUGCCCUUGAUGAUCUGUUCGGACAGCUUACCAAGAAGGCCUGUGGACCUGAGGGCAUCGAAUAUCUGGUGCGCAUGUCAUAUUGUGAACUUUACAUGGAGAGAGUCAAUGACCUGUUGAGAAAGAUUGGGCCACAAAGCCAGAAUCUGGCUGUCAAGGAAGAUCCAGAAGGACGAGGCUUCUAUGCUGAUGGACUGAAAGAGAAGAUUGUGUCCUCAGCCGAAGAGGUACUGAUGCUCUUUGCUGAAGCAGAGAAACGGAGAAGAGUUGCCCAUACGCGGUACAACGAGGUCUCAUCCAGAUCUCAUACACUCCUGACGCUCUGUGUGGAGUGCUCCGUGCCGCUGGAGGACGCCAAGGACGGAGAGGCCCAGUCUGUGACGCGCGUUGGCCGCUUGGUGAUCGUGGACUUGGCAGGCAACGAACGACUGGAGGCUGGCGCAGAAUAUGUUGCGGAAUCCAGCAGCAUCAACAAGUCUCUCUUCUUCUUGGGCAAGGUCAUUGAAAAAUUGGCUGCCAGAGACAAGAGGACGACAUCUUCUGUUCCGGAGGAUAAUGAACACAUUCCUUUCAGAGACUCCAAGCUAACUCGUUUGCUCUCAGUCCAUCUGAAUGGAAACUCUCAGACUGGUCUGCUGGUGACCUUGACACCGUCCGAAGAUGCAAUUGAGCAGAGUCUGACGACUCUCCGCUUCGCGCAAAAGGCUGCGGAAGUUCGAUGUGUUGCAAAGCCCGUCCUAAUCAGCAAGGAGCAAUCCUUGAUCGUGAAGCAGCGUGAGAUCAUCAGUCAGUUGCACAAUCAGGUUCGUAGCUUGCAGGAGGAAGUGCAAAGAUCACAACGGAGCGAAGUCCCCGAGGAAGACCUCACGGCAGAGCGGGAACAAUGUGCUCAGCAGCUGCAGGCAUUGGUUCUCAGCUCAUCUGAGCGUGGCCAAAGCUUCGUUUCCAAGAGUCGUGAGGUGGAUACCGUUGUCACCGCCUUGCAUCAUAAUAUGGAUGUGCUGAAGAAGCAGAAAGCCAUGGUGGUGGAAAGCAUGAAAAGCCUCUACAAGACCAUCCACAACAUCACUGGUGCAGUGGCGCAAGCCACUGAUGUCCUCAACACUGGCGGUGGAACUGAAAUAGCCAAGGAGAUGGUGCGAAGUGCCUGUGCUGUUGAAAAUGAAGGGCAAAAUGCUUGGUCUCCAGCCAUUGUCGACCUGGGUGAGAAGCUGGAGCUCUUGUUGAAUGCUAAGAGCCAUCCCUAGGAGUUGCCCUCAUCAGAAGCUGCCCGCUGGAUCCCUGUGGAAUCCAUCCUUGGAGCUCCUGAAGUUCGCGUAGCACAGCACGCUGAAGAUGGCAUGGCCGUGGAGGAACUUGCUGACUCCUGCGCUGCUCGCACCUGCCUUUGACGAAGAUUUGAAGCUCUGAGCCGCAGAUAUGCUCCAGAUGUCCACUUGGACUGAGCCUCCCAGACCGAAUGGUUCCAGAUGCGAGUCCCAGGUGAAAAGUGCACUUGGCAUUUGUCCAGUUUCUCGCCCUCGAGCCGGAAAAAAUGCUUGUUUACUCUUGAGACAAAA